AUGCUCAAAUGGCAAACCACAAUCGGCCGACGAAUGUACUACGUUCACUCCCUCCAUGAAAAGUAUGGUACCGUUGUACGGAUCUCGCCGUAUCAGGUCGCAAUCUCGGAUCCCGACGGCUUCGUAGCGAUCCAUCGCAUUGGUUCUGGCUUCCUAAAGUCGCCGUGGUAUGAAGAGUUCGUUGGAGCUACAGGCAUCGGAAUCGGUGUAUUUGCUACAGUAGACCCAGUGAAGCACGGAGUGAUGCGUAGGCUUUUCUCCCGCGCCUUCUCUACCACCAGCCUUCGACAGAACUGCGAGGAAGUUGUGAGGGAGAAGGUUGCGAAGGCGAUUCACAGGAUCAAGGGCGAGGCCACCUACGGAUCCUGCGAUAUACUCCAUUGGUUGAUGCUCAUGACUUCAGAUGUUAUUGGCCAACUAGCUUUUGGUGAAUCCUUCGAGCUACUAGAAUCUGGCAAGAAAAACGAGUACAUCGACACGUUUCAAUUGGUCGGAAUUGGGAGUUAUCUGAAGCACGAGCUUCCGUGGCUCUAUGCAAUCUCUCAUUACAUUCCACUUAAGCCGCUUCGGCGAAUGCUCAACGCAGGAAACUCGAUCCGCGAAUACGGCGAGCGAGCUGUCGAAAAUUUGAACAGACAUCGCGACAAUAAGUCGAACCUCUUCGCUACUGCCUUAGCCGAGUGCGAUGCCGGAGAUAAAGCCGAACUUACGGAAGAUUACAUCAAAAGCGAGGCGUCUAAUUUGAUCUUUGCCGGCGCAGAUACAACGGCGGGGACCCUGACGUACCUUGUUUGGGCUGUCUUGAGAAGGCCUGAGCUUCAGGCUCGACUUGAAGCGGAAGUCGCUGCGGUUGACGAUAUCAACAUUUUCAACGAUGCUUUUCUUGAGAAGCAACCCCUUCUCAACUCUGUUAUCGAUGAAACUCUUCGCCUCUACGGCAGUAUUCCGGCCAAUUUGCCGCGAGUUGUUCCAUCCAAAGGCGCCAAGUUCGGAGACUAUGAGAUUCCUGGAGGCUUAGAAGUUGAGACUCAGGCUUAUACUCUUCAUCGGGACGAGAACGUCUAUCCCAACGCACUCGAAUUUGACGAGUCGCGAUGGAUGGACCCCAAGAUGCUCACGCCACACCAGAAAAGUAAUUUCUGCCCUUUUGGUGCCGGUGCACGAGUCUGUAUUGGUCAGCACCUCGCUCGGAUGGAAAUCCGUAUGGGGGCUGCUGUAUUGUUCAAACAGUGCCCUGGCCUCAAGUUAUCGAGCAACAUGACAGACUCUAUGAUGGAGAUGGAAAACUUCUUUGUCGUUGCGCCCGUCGGGCACCGUUGCGACGUCACUCUUCAAUAG